AUGCUGGACUGGAAUAUCCCAAGCAGUCAGUCGAGCUGCCAAGCGCAGGGUUACAACGUAACCUGCAAUUUCGCCCUGUACACCAAUGCUACUGACCUGACCACUGCUCAAAAGCUGAGCCCAAACACGUCUAUCACCGGGCCUGGGGCCUGCAUCUACUGGAACCAGUACAGAGACACGGACAACGCGAUAAGAGAGUGUGUACCAACUCUGCUAGAGCCCGAAAAGGCUCACCACCUCGAACCCGAGCUAAUGAUACAAUCUUUUCACAGAACGAGAUACUACCGGCGUAUCGCCCACACCGUCGAGCAGCUCCUGCACACCCUCAGCGACCAACAACUCACAACCGGCUUUGCCCUGAUCUUCGCCCUGAGCGAGCAGGCGUGUACCAUUUCCGCCUACCACUACGACCUCGUCUGCGCCAUGCUGCUCAUGUCCUUCGUCACCCACCUCAACACCCUAGUCAGCAUCCCCACUUUCAUCCACAAGGGCAAGCUCCUCGCCCUCUACCGGUGCGCAGCCCUGAUCGCGCAGGUCGUUCUCAUCAGUAUCAUCUUCUCCGCCCGCAACCGCGCCGCCUUCCCCGUCCGGCCCAGCUCGUUGGCCAUCAUGCCCGCCUGCUGCCUCAUGAACAUGAACGCCAGCGACUGGCUCGGCCUCGCUGAGGCGGGGGAGUUCGUCUCCCGCCUCAACUCGACCGAAAACAAUACCAGCGGGACGGAGAUCUUCUCCCAAGCCGGACAGUCCAGUGCGUUCGGGCAGUACAUCGCUCUGAUCGUUUUCACGGGGUUCACGGCCGUGAUCGCCGGGGUCAACUGGCUGGAGGCGCGGGAGGUGGAUCUGCACCGGUGGCUGCGGUGGGUAAAACUGUUCGUGGCCGCGGCGGUCUCGGUGGCGACGCUGGCGCUGACGGUCUGGGCGUACCAGACGUAUAACUCGCUGCGGGCGGGAAUGGAGGUCGAGGAGUGGUAUCAACUGAGCAAAGAGACGACGGCGUGGACGUUUGCGGAGAUCGUUCCGCUGGCGCUGUUGGCGUCGACGUCGAUCACCCUCGUGAAAGCGUUAACACGUGAGUAUCCUCGAGCAUUUUUCUGA